AUGGAUGGUAUUGUAGGUUCUGUAUGGAGCUCGAUGGAUUCAUCAGCUGCUCUAGGUUUGGGCAAAAAGGCCGUUAAGAAUGCCAUUGACUCGACGGAUAAAUUGAGCUUGAUAAAGGCAACUUUAAGUAAGCUACCGACUGACUCUAAUGGCUCUAAUAGUAACUGGAUAGAAUUAGUUCGUCUGGUAUGUGAUGAAGAUUCAUCUGAAGAAUUUACCACUUUCAAACAGCUCCUAGCCAAUGUGACAAAUAUUAAUGAUAAAUCGCUCACAGGUAUGGCCCUGAUACACUACAUUAUUGCAUUCAAUAGAUCUUCAUAUAUUGAACUACUGCAUGAUUAUUCCUCCAACCAACGUUUGGAUUUAAAUUUAACCGAUAACAUUCUAGGAUACUCUCCUUUAAUGUGGGCGUUUGCUUUAGAGAGAACUGAUUGCUGUACAGAAUUGUUGAAUUAUGAUAGUGAAAUUCAUUUUGACCAAAUUAAUAGAGAGGGUAAUACAGCAUGGUCUUUUAUUGUUCCAGAUUCCACCUUGGACACCUUUUUGGAGCAAAACAACAUGUACCAAUAUCGCACUGAUAAACCAACUACAGGUAGUACAACAAUCAUAGAUAGUGCUACUACAGAACCGCAUGGGAUGAAUGAUGUAGGUGGAUUGAACACUAUCGAUUUGAAGGUUGCAGGUUUAUCCCUUUCAACACAUGACGAUUACGACCAUAGCCUUUUAUUUUCACCACCUAGCAAUGUUGUUGUUGGAAAUGGUGAUGAAGAAAAUGAAGGAGAUAGUACAAAACAGAGCCAAAUACACUCAUUGCUUGAAAGUUUUGACUUCUCUAAAUUGGUCAAAUAUCAAUAUUUGGAAUUUGCCGACUAUGACAUUCCUCAAUUGUUAGAUCUUUUGAUUUCGUUACCAAAUAAUUUCCAACAUUUAACGACGUAUCCUGCCGCUUUACUUUUUCAAUGUGUUAGAUACGCAGAUCACAAACUUAAGGCAAAACAAACAGUUGAAAAUUUACUCCAUUUGGCACUAACUAAAAUUUUAGCUUCCAUCUCAAUGGAGAGUGACAUGGUUGUAACAUCUGUGGAAGCUCCGUACUCAAAUGGUGAUAUUAUUAAGCAAUCAUACUGGCUCGGUGCUCUAUCCUUUUUGUAUUAUUACUUGUGUAGAGAUGAAUCAUUUUUCAAAAGACAUCCUUCAAUUCUGCAGGAAUUAGUCAGUUCAAUGCAUUCUAUUAUGAUAGAAUUAACGUCAUCUAUACAUUCGAGAUUGAACAAUUUAAUUGAACCAACUUUAUUGGCAUAUACAACAAUGCAAGAUGUCAAGCAAACAUUAUACAAGAGAGAUUGGAACUUUUUUAAAAAGAGAAAGCAAGCCAAGCUAUACCGUCAACAGGAGAAACUUCUUCAAAUGAAAAAAGGAAAGCAACAUUCUUUAGAACACACACAUUCAAAUAUGUCAAAUGAUGAUGACCACCAAAACACGGGCGAUGUUGCAGAUGAUGGGAAAAGUAUAGGCACAAAUAAUGAUCAGAUUUUAUUUUACGACACCGAAAUUUUAAAACAUCUAUACCCACCCUCUUUGGAAGAGCAAAUGAAACCAUCUCCUUUGAAGAUCGUUCAGAUAUUUGGUGCUUUGACGUAUGUUCUAUCACUGCAUCAAUUACAUCCGGUUUUCCAACAGCAAUGUCUUUCUUUGGCCAUGAAUUGGUUUUCGACAAGUUUAUUUAACAAGAUUAUGAAAGAUAAAAAGAAGAAAUGUUUGUCAAGGGCACACGCCAUUCAAAUUAGGUUAAAUCUAUCAACAUUGGAAACAUGGAUUAAGAAUAACGAUUUAGUAGUUCCUAAACCACUCUUAAUUGAUGAUUUCAUGUGGGAAAGAUUUCCUUAUACUUUAAUGCAAGAUGUUGGUGACAUAGAUCUUGCAAAUCCUACUUUGAGAAAUGUGGCUACCUUUAAGCCAUUAAAUGAUUCAUCAAAUAAUCCUAAAGAAAAGGAACCUACAAAAUCACCGAUAUACGAUAUGACAAAUUCUUUGUUUUAUUAUCAAUCCUUCCAUCGUAUAUCUCAAAUUCAUUUAGAGCCGGUAUUCCAGCUUUUACAAUGGUUACAAGUGGCGACUACUUUAGACACAGAAGAAUCCUUAGAUUCCACGAUAAAACUAUUAUCUAGGUUAUCACCUUCUCAGUUACUAAAGGUGAUCGAAAAGUAUAGUUACGAGGUCAAUGAAAAGAAAUUCAACUCCAAACUAAGGAAAAAGUUAUCACAUUUAAACAAGACAUUAGGGAAGCAAAAAGUUUACCUUGAAGAGAGACCAGUUUCUAUGAUGGUACUACCAACAGUUGCUGAACUAACUGAUACAUACUCAAGGGGAGAAGAUGCAUACUCAUUCUUGCCCCUGUUACCUGUUGAGGUACAAGAUGAUGCAUGGGAGAUACAUGAUGAUAACGUCAAGAGACGUAGAAACUAUCCUGAAGAAUUGUUAGCUCUAGAGGAGAAAGGAGAGACGGACAAUGAAAACAAUUCUUCUCUUUCUAAUGAAGGACAGGAUACCACAGAACCUCAUACUUUUUCCCACAGCGAAACCGAAGAGGAUGCUAAUGAAUAUGGAAACACUGAAGGUGACGUUUACUUUGGUGAGGUAAAUGCCCCUUCAGCAACUGCUCAAAGACCAGUUUGGGCUGGUAAUGAUGAAAUUGAAGCCAAUCCAUGGUGA